GUGCCAGAUACCAUGCACUGCUGAUUCCAAACUGCCCUGGGGCUGUGACUGACCUUGCAAACAGUGGGUACCUGGCGAGGAUACUGCAGCACUUCUGCACUGAGAGCAAGCCCAUCUGUGCAGUUGGACAUGGAGUUGCAGCUUUGUGUUGUGCCACCAACGAGGAUAAGUCCUGGGUGUUCCAGGGAUACAGCCUGACUGGGCCCUCUGUGUAUGAACUAGUAAGGCAGCCAAACUUUGCCAGCUUGUCCAUUAUCGUGGAGGAUUUUGUGAAAGACUCUGGAGCUACAUUUAGUGCCAGCAGCCCAGAUGCUGUGCACGUCGUGCUGGACAGGCACCUGGUGACAGGGCAGAAUGAGAACUCCACUCUCCCUGCAGUCCAGAACCUCCUCAUUCUUUGCAAUGUCAGGUGA